AGACAGCCGUGGAAUCACCCAACUCACCGACCCGCUGAUACCUCAAAUGUCCAGCCCAAGGAGGCGGGUUCGCUGCGGCCUCUCCAAGGCCAAAGCAAGAAGACCUUGCUGCGCACGCGCAGUAGACAGCCGAUGGAGCCACCGAUGGAGCCGUCCGGAGGGGAGCAAGAGCCCGGAGCCGUCAGGCUCCUGGACCUGCCCUGGGAAGAUGUGCUGCUCCCACACGUCCUCAGCCGGGUGCCGCUGCGCCAGCUGCUCCGACUACAGCGCGUCAGCCGGGCUUUCCGGGCGCUAGUGCAGCUGCACCUGGCCGGGCUGCGCCGUUUCGACGCCGCUCAGGUGGGUCCGCAGAUCCCCCGGGCCGCAUUGGCCUGGCUGCUGCGGGAUGCCGAGGGGCUGCAGGAGCUGGCGCUGGCGCCGUGUCACGAAUGGCUGUCCGACGAGGAUCUGGUACCCGUGCUGGCUCGAAAUCCGCAGCUGCGGAGUGUGGCGCUGGCCGGUUGCGGGCAACUGAGCCGCCGCGCGUUGGGGGCGCUGGCCGAGGGUUGCCCCCGCCUGCAGCGCCUGUCGCUCGCUCAUUGUGACUGGGUAGAUGGGCUGGCGCUGCGCGGCCUCGCUGACCGCUGUCCGGCCCUUGAGGAGCUGGACCUCACCGCCUGCCGACAGCUCAAGGAUGAGGCCAUCGUGUACCUGGCGCAGAGGCGCGGCGCAGGCCUCCGCAGCCUCUCGCUGGCGGUAAACGCCAAUGUGGGGGACGCCGCCGUCCAGGAGUUGGCUCGGAACUGCCCAGAACUCGAGCACCUCGACCUAACCGGCUGCCUGCGCGUCGGAAGCGACGGUGUCAGGACAUUGGCCGAGUACUGCCCGGCGCUGCGCUCGCUGCGGGUGCGACACUGCCACCAUGUGGCCGAGCCGAGCCUGAGCCGCUUGCGGAAGCGCGGUGUGGACAUCGACGUGGAGCCGCCGCUGCAUCAGGCCCUGGUGCUGCUGCAGGACAUGGUGGGCUUUGCACCCUUUGUCAACCUGCAGGUCUGACUCGCCUGCCGAUGGGAACAGCUGAACUGUGUGGCAGGGCCUCACUGUGAACUGCAGGGAAACAACUGUGGGGGCCUCGGGUGAGAGGCCAAUGCCCUGCCCCACCCUGGAGCUUCGAAUAAAGAGCUUUUUACCCCC